AUGUCAGACGAACGUGAAAACGAUGCGCGACCCGCAAAGCGCGCACGUCUCGACGACAGCGCCGCCCACACACCCUCCGCUGCUGCGACAUCACAGGCCGCACCUGGCUCGGCAUUGAACGCGCCGUCGCAGAUUGAGACCGAUUACGACCGUGAAGUGCGUGCGGGAAUUACAGAGUACAUAUGUCCGGACAACCUGGGCUUCACAGGCACAUUGAAGCAGAGAUACACCGACUUCUUGGUCAACGAAAUUGGGCUUGAUGGGCAGGUGCUGCAUUUGAAGAGCACACAGGUGGAGAAGAAGCAAAAACAACCCAGGACGGAGGAGGAUGUUAAGCCUGCAGCGCCGGCUGAGGUGAAGGAGGAGAAGAUUGCGAUUGUGGAGGACGACGGCGAAGCUGUUACACCUGUUGCGCCGAAGGAAGAGAAGCCUGCAGAAGCUGAACAACCUGCCAAGGCUGAGGAGACGAACGACGGGGAGGAGACUUUUGCGAUUGCGAGUGCGCCGAAGAAGGAGGUAAAAGAAGAGCUACCUGAAGAGGAUGUGAAAUUGCUCCACUCCAUCUUCGGCGAAGACACAACGAACCAGAUCCUAGCUCUCGUGCAAAGCAUACGGAACCGCGAACAAGCCAAAGCAAGGACCUUCAAGGCCGUCACAUCACCACCCAUACUUGACAAAGAAGUCCGCACCAACGCACACAAAUCGCUUCGUCGCAUAUUUCCAAAUCUGCUCGAGACAUCCAUGGAGCACGACCAGUCGAUAAGGAUCAAGGCCAACCCUCCAGCGGAGCGUAAAAGCAAAGGCGGGAGAGGAGACAGGGCAAACGGAGAUCAGGGCAAGCACAGAGGUGGCCAGCUGGUCUGGGAAGAGCUUGGUGGAGAGUACUUGCACUUUUCUCUGUACAAGGAGAACAAGGACACAAUGGAGGUUGUUGGCUUCCUCGGCAGCAAGCUCAACAGCGGCGCGAAAGCGUUCGCAUUUGCAGGCACCAAGGAUAGGCGUGCAUGCACCGUCCAGCGUCUUUGCGUCAAGCGUCAGACUGCUGAACGCAUAGCCGGCUUCAACCGCGCGCUGUUCAAUGCUGCGGUCGGAGAUUUCGAGUACCGCCAGAACGAUCUGAAGCUGGGUGACUUGAUGGGCAACGAGUUCACCAUCACGCUCCGAGACUGCAAGUUCCAGAACGAGGAGGGUAUGAAUGCUGUGCAAAGACAGGUGUACGCCAACGAGGUGGUGGGGAAAGCCAUCAAGGACUUCUCUGAGAAGGGCUUUAUCAACUACUAUGGUCUCCAGCGCUUUGGAUCCUUCGCGGCUAGCACAGAUCAAGUCGGUCGCAAGAUGCUGCAGGACGACCUGAAGGGUGCUGUUGACGAUCUUCUGAACUACAGCGAGGUAGCACUUGCAGCAGCAGAAGGCACCAGCGACUCCAACGUGCUCGUCUCCCAAGACGAUCGCAAUCGCGCCAGAGCGCUCCACCUCUGGCGUACCGAAGGCAAAGGUCCUGCAGCUUUGGAACUGCUCCCGCGCAAAUUCACCGCCGAACGAAACAUAAUCCAGCACCUUGGCUCCCGCAACAGCAAGUCUGGGCGCCACGACCGCAAAACAGAUUGGCAAGGUGCCUUGAUGACCAUCCCCCGCACCCUGCGUCUUAUGUACGUCCAUGCCUACCAGUCCCUUGUAUGGAAUGCCGUAGCCGGCAAACGCUGGGCUACACACGGCGACAAAGUGGUAGAGGGCGACCUUGUCCUCGUCAACGAACACGUCGACAAGAAAGCCAACACCUCAUCCGCCGACAAUGGCGUCAUCGACCAAGAUGGCGAGUUCAUCAUCAACCCAUCCGGCACCGAGAACGCAAACGCCGCAACCGAGGACUUCGAGCGCGCCCGCGCACUCACCAAGGCCGAGGCCGAGAGCGGACAGUAUACCGUGUACGACAUUGUGCUGCCCCAACCAGGCUUCGACGUCGAGUACCCCAAGAACGCCAUCGGCGACUUCUACAAGGAAUUCAUGGGCAGCGAGCGCGGCGGCGGUCUCGAUCCGCACAACAUGCGCAGGUCCUGGAGGGAAGUCAGUCUGAGCGGUGGGUACAGAAAGUUCCUGGCUAGGCCGCUGAGUCCGCUUGGCUUCGAGGUGCACAGCUACACGAAGGAGGACCAGCAGUUUGUGGAGACGGAUUUGGAUAAGAUUAAGAAGGCGAGGGGCAAUGUGAAGAAAGACGGAGAGCGGGAGAGCGGCGAUGUCCAGAUGCAGGAUAGCGAGAAGGAGGAGGAUAAGAAGAUUGCUGUUGUGAUUAAGCUGCAGUUGGGGAGUAGCCAGUAUGCUACCAUGGCGCUGCGGGAGCUGAUGAAGGCUGGUGGCGUUCAAGCGUAUAAGCCUGAGUUUAUGGGCGGUCGCUAG